UCCUUUUUUUUCUUCUUCACAAUAAAGGUACAACGUGUUUGUGAGCUGAUUGUGGAUCCAGUGACUGUAAAUGCAGCAGCAUGGAUCAGCGUGAGAACACACAGAAGGGAGCCGAUCCCUCAAAAAGCACUCUAAAAGCUCAAAGGAACCAACCUGGAUCUGGAUCCAGCUGCGUGUCUUUCAAAAGUGACAGGUCAAAGGGUCGUAACCCUGAAUUCAAAGGCAUCAGUUCAACAGUGGAACAGAACCAAACUGGACCUGGAUCUGGAUCCAGCUGUGGGACCCACAGAAGUGACAGGUCAAAGGGUCGUAACCCUGAAUUCAAAAGCAUCAGCUCAAGAGUGGAACAGAACCAGCCUGGACCUGGAUCUGAUUCCAGCUGCAUGUCUUUCAGAAGUGACAGGUCAAAGGGUCGUAACCCUGAAUUCAAAGAGAUCAGUUCAAGAGUAGAACAAGAGGAGGAGUGUCUCGGGCCGCGGCCUGCAGAGAGACCCAGAGCUGCAGAUGUUGGUCUGCAGGAGAUUUUUGGAGAGCAUCAUAUCAGUCUGAGGAGCGGAAGUGAACAUGUGCUUGAAGGAACUGAAGAAGCAGGAAGAGAAGCGCUCCUCAACGAGGUCUACACUGAGCUCUACAUCACAGAGGAACUGAGACGAGAGGGUCACACCCUACAUGAGGUAAUGCAGCUAGAGACAACCAAGACCAGCAAACUCCAUGACACUGCAAUCAAGAACCCAGACAUCUUCAAAGUCUUCACUGACCAACACAGAUCCAUCAGAGUGGUUCUGACCAGCGGAGUUGCUGGAGCUGGAAAAAGCUUCUCAGUGCAGAAGUUCACUCUGGACUGGGCUGAGGGUUUGGAGAAUCAAGACAUCAGUGCUGUGGUUCCUCUUUCAUUCAAAGAGCUGAACUUGAUCAGAGAUGAGAAGCACAGUCUUCUCACUCUGAUCCAGCUUUUCCAUCCAACACUCCAGAAGAUCCCAGCAGAGCAGCUGUCUGUCUGUAAACUUCUGUUCAUCUUUGAUGGUCUGGAUGAAAGCAGACUUAUUCUGGAUUUCAACAACAGUCAGGUGGUGUCUGAUGUCACACAGAAGUCCUCAGUCAAUGUGCUGCUCACUAACCUCAUCCAGGGAUAUCUACUGCCCUCAGCUUUGGUCUGGAUCACUUCCCGACCUGCAGCUGCCAAUCAGAUCCCUCCAUCAUGUGUGGACAGACUGACAGAAGUACGAGGCUUCAAUGAUGCACAGAAGGAGGAGUACUUCAGGAGGAGAUUCCCAGAUGACGAGCUGUCCAGCAGAAUGAUCUCCCACAUCACAAGCUCCAUGUCCCUUUACAUCAUGUGUGAAGUUCCAGUGUUCUGCUGGAUCACUGCUGUGGUUCUGGAAAACAUGCUGACCACAGAGCAGGGAGGAGAGCUGCCCACCACCCUGACUGACAUGUACUCACACUUCCUGAUGGUCCAGACAAAGAGGAAGAAGAACAAGUACCAGCAGGAACAUCAGACUAGUCCACAAGAGCUGACAGAGACUGACGGGGAAGUUCUUCUGAAGCUGGGGAGGCUGGCAUUUGAACAUCUGGAGAAAGGAAACAUCAUGUUCUACCAAGAAGACCUGCAGCAGUGUGGUCUGGAUGUCACAGAGGCCUCAGUGUACUCUGGAGUUUGUACUGAGAUCUUCAGAAGAGAGUGUGAGAUCUUCCAGAAACCGGUCUACAGCUUUGUUCAUCUGAGCGUUCAGGAGUUUCUGGCUGCAGUCUACGUGUUCCACUGUUUCUCCAACAGGAAGGUAGAGGUCAUUGAGGACUUCCUGAAGAACAACAUGGAGAACCCAUCCCUGGAUGAGUUUCUUAAUAGAGUCAUGGAGAACUCCAUGCAGAGUCAAACUGGACACCUGGACCUGCUUGUUCGCUUCCUUCAUGGUCUCUCUGUGGAGUCCAACCAGAGACUCUUAGGAGGUCUGCUGGAUCAGACAGAGAAGAAUCCAGGAACCAUCCAGAGAGCCAUCAACAACCUGAAGAAGAUCAACAGUGAAGGAGUCUCUCCUGACAGAAGCAUCAACAUCUAUCACUGUCUGAUGGAGAUGAAGGAUCUCUCAGUUCAUCAGGAGAUCCAAGAGUUCCUGAAGUCAGAGAACAAAUCAGAGAAGAAACUCUCAGAGAUCCACUGCUCAGCUCUGGCCUACACUCUGCAGAUGUCAGAGGAGGUUCUGGACCAGCUGGACCUGAUCCGUUACAACACAUCAUAUGAGGGUAGACGGAGACUGAUCCCAGCUGUGAGGAACUGCAGAAAGUUCAGGUGAGUCCAGAAGUGAUUGUGAUGAUAAAUCAGAUCAGUGUUCAGAUCUUCAACAUUCAUCUUCUAGCAUUUG